GGACCAUUCAGCGUGGUUAGGAAAUGCAUCCACCGCCAGACGGGGCAGACGUUCGCGGUAAAAAUCGUCGACGUGGCAAAAUUCACAUCCAGCCCCGGUCUAAGCACGAAUGAUUUGAAACGGGAAGCCACAAUAUGCCACAUGUUGAAGCACCCCCAUAUAGUGGAGUUAUUGGAAACAUACAGCUCGGAGGGUAUGCUCUAUAUGGUGUUCGAAUACCAUUACAUGCGACAGAUCCUGGAGGCGUUGCGCUACUGCCACGAGAACGACAUAAUUCAUCGUGAUCUAAAGCCGCAGUGCGCCCUCCUGGCGGGCAAGGAAAAUUCCGCACCGGUGAAACUACGCGGCUUCAGCGUCGCCGUGCAGCUUCAGUCGUCCCAGGCAAACGGCGUCGGUCGUGUUGGGUGUCCACACUUCAUGGCGCCGGAAGUGAUCCAGCGCCGACAGUACGGCAAGCCUGGUGACGUCUGGUCAGCCGGAGUGCUGCUCCAUGUUCUAUUAACUGGUACGCUUCCAUUCGUCGGCUCUCGGGACAGACUGCGAGAAGCAAUUUGCAGAGGACGAGUGCAGAUGGAAACGCCUUUAUGGGACAAUAUCAGCGAGCCAGCCAAGGAUCUCAUACAAAGAAUGCUCACAACGGAUGUAAAUCACAGGAUUACCAUACAGGAAGUGCUGAACCACAAAUGGCUCCGAGACCGUGAUAAGGGCGUGGCUCGAAUACAUUUAGGUGAAACUAUAGAAGAGCUUAAGAAAUUCAAUGCUAGACGAAAAUUGAAGGAAGCUGUGAAAGCGGCGAUCUCGUCGUCGAAAUGGCACAUCCCGUAUUCGGAAAUUAACGGUGACAGCUUUUUCGAUAUAGGCGACGACGAAGUAAUUACCACAGGUGCUAUAGCUGAAAUUUUAGACUCUCUGGAUGAUAUUGAAGUACUUCAAGAAAGUGGAAGACUGACACGUGCCGAGAUACUUAACGCAGUCGACGAUUAUCGUCUUCGAGCCAUUUUAGAGAGCUUUUACUUUAUCAACGCGCACAAGAGUUUCCCUCAGUGGCGCCAUCGCUGGUUUCGGUCGAUGUUUAAAGCCACUUGGCGUUCCACUGUAUCCACUUCACGGUCGCUGCCUCUUUAUCGUGUUUAUAUCCUGAAGGAAGAGGUACGCGCCCUCAUUUUACCUGGGAAAAAGGCGCAAGCGCCCAACUCCCGAUUAUCAAAAUGGCUGACGUGC